AUGCGGGAAGCUGUCACCCAGGUCACGACUACCUUUUACGCAGCGUACUUAGGUAAGUCCCACGUCGCUGGAAAGCACCGGACUCGACAAGAAGAUACAAGAGCAAGAAGAUUGAAAGUGGACAAGGGUGAGUUUGAAUCGGAUCCUGAUGGAGACAACAACAGGACAUGUUCGAUAAGCUGGUUCAACAAUUUGGAGCAAAGCCAUGCUCGUGGCACAAACAAAACCCAGGAGCUUUUGAUAAUCCGUUGUCCCCAUUCCCAAGCAAGAACAGGAACUACAGCUUCGAGCCGCGCCCAAGCCCGUGCAGCUUUAAGAUCGCUUGCUGGUACCGCGAAUGUACAUAGGUAUGGAUUACAUGUGGAGGGCUUGAAUUAA